GCGGGUGCCCGGCUGCCUCUCCAGCGGGUUCUGUGAAGGGGAAGCCUUGUUUGCAUCUGGGCAGCUCAGCCAGCAGAUCCCGCCUUCGCCUCGCUCAUUAAUGAUUGAAUCCUGCCCGCGGCUGCCCCGGGAUCCCUCGGCUCUGCCGGCACCUGCAGCUCCACAGCCCGGCCAUGGCUGUGAACGACACCAGUGACUGCUUUCUGACAAACAGAGUACUAGAAAAGUAUUAUCUCUCCACCAUGUACAGCCUUGAGUUCAUUGUAGGUGCCAUUGCAAACACCAUAGUGGUGUUUGGCUAUAUUUUCUGCCUGAAAAAAUGGAAAAGCUGCAACAUCUACCUGUUCAAUUUGUCCAUAUCAGAUUUGUUAUUUCUGUGCACUCUGCCAGCACUGGUGAACAGCUACUCCAAAGAUCAGUGGUCAGAGGACGUCCUGUGCCACAGCAACAGAUUCCUGCUGCAUGCCAACCUGUACAGCAGCAUCCUGUUCCUCAUGGCCAUCAGCGUUGACCGGUACAUGCUCAUCAAAUACCCCUUCAGGGACCAGAAAAGGAAAACAGCAGUCAUGGUGUCUGUGGCCAUAUGGAUUGGGGUGAUCCUGGAGCUGCUACCCCUGCUGUAUUUCCUGGAGCCUCUAGCAGCCUCCAAUAAUUACAAGUGUCUCGAUUACGCGAGCUCUGGGGACCCCGUGACAAACCUCAUCUACAGCCUGUUCCUGACCGUCUUUGGCUUCCUCAUCCCUCUCCUCACCAUGUGCUGGUUCUACGUGAAGAUGGUUCGUUUUCUUAAAAACAGGAGGGAGCAAAUCAGCUCUGCCCUGACCCUGGAGAAGCCCCUGAGCCUGCUGAUCCUGGCCAUGGUGAUCUUCUCCCUGCUCCUCACUCCCUACCACGUCAUGCGCAACGUCCGCAUCGCCUCCCGCCUCCCGGCCUUGAACCUCUCCGAGUGCACCAAGGGAACCAUCAUCUCCGUCUACAUCAUCACCAGACCCUUCGCCUUUCUAAACAGUGCCAUUAACCCAGUCUUUUAUUUCCUGAUGGGUGACCACUUCAGAGAGAUGCUGAUGGCCAAAGCAAGGCAGCUCCUGGGCAGGCUGACGAGCAGGGGGAAGUGAAGGAGUAACCAGAGCCCAGGUAUUGGAGAGGUCUGGGAGGAAACUCUCUUAGGGAGAGCAUUCAGCAAUGUGCCAUUGUUUUUUAGAUAACUUUAUUUAUGCACUAGAAUAGGUAUGAGCUUAUUGUGUUCUUCUAAAUGCACCUGUCACCUUAUUGUACUUCUUGAGAACUUACUGAGACUUCUGCUGAGCUGCCCCCAGCACACCAGGACGGAUGCUCUGCUGGCUCCCAGCAGACCCUGCUCUGGACUGGGACACCCCACAGCCAUAAACACUGCAAGCAAAAGGCCAUCAAGUCAGCUCUGGGAGGGAAAACACACUGCUCUCAGACUGCUGCUUUGUGAGCCCUAGCAUGGGGCUGGAAUGGGACAAAGUGUGCCCUCAUGUGUCAUCAGGACAGGCAGGCACACUCACAGGGGCACUGACACAGCCCCUAACCAGGGGAUGGACUCACCCAUCUUCAACAGAACUGUAAGUGCCUGUGGGAUCUGGAGCCUGAAGCAGAAUUUAGACCUUGGAGCUCAAACUUCAUUAGCAGUUCUCCUAAUGAACCAGGACCUAAUGAGGAGCCAGUCCCUGCCUGAUCCCUGCAGGAUCGAUCAGCAGCACAAGUUCCUCUGCCAUGGGCUGACCUGGCUUCAAACAGAUGGGGAAAGAUCGAUGGAGUGAUGAGCUCAUUGG